AUGACUCUAGGAAACCCUUCUUUGUCCAGCAGUUCAAGGGAAUGCUCGAGUGUGAAGCCAGUAUUUUCGGAAUAUGGACGGGAGCAAUUCAACUGGCUGGGCAGGAUCAGAUACACCAGGUCAGUGGGUGGGGUGUGGUAUCCCUGCUCCGGAGUUGCCAUCACCCGGCGCCAUGUCCUCGUGCCAGCUCACUGCGUUCUAUUCCUGGAUAGGGGCGAUGCCUACAGCUUUAUGGUGGGAAACAGAAGACAUGCCAUCACUCGUAUUUUCAUUCACCCAGAGUAUCGUUUGGAGCUUCCGUCUUACGAUAUCGCCGUCCUUGAACUGAACUCCCAACUAAGAUCCUGCUUGGCUGUAUCGGAGGAUACAGAUUCUGAGGAAACAGGCUCUUAUGCCUUGAUCGCCCGGCUAUUGGAUGUGGUCAGCACGGUGGUGGGUAAGCAUCCGAAAAACCUUCAUACCGUAGCCAAAGUUACUGGUCACAAGUACUGUCGGCGAAAAUAUGAAGACUUCAAACUUAGUCACAACGAGGUUUGUGCGUACAUCCACCAGGAUAAAGAUUUUCUAAAUGGCGCGGCUCUAUUAGGGGUCAAAGUUGUAAAUGGAUCUGAGGCUUGGCGACUUUUGGGAAUAUCAACGCAUGGCCCUUACGAAAGAACCCCUGAGAUACCCGAUCUCUUUACGCUUAUUUCUCCAUUCAAUAAGUGGAUUGGGAAUAUUCUUAGCUUAUAG